AUGUCUAAACCAUAUCUAUUUCUACUUUUGAUGACAACAUUGUAUUUAAUUAAUGGACAAAAUGAUACCUCAAAUAACAGUUUAAUAACAUCCACUGAUAAUUCAAAUGAUGAUAAAACCAAUACUACUGUAACUACUGGAUCCAUGACUGAGACAACAGUAGUUAACACACAAUCAGAUACAAUGACAAAAAGCACUGUUUUUACUAAAUCAAUGAAAACCACUGUUAAACUAACGACUGGUGUUAACGACGAUGACAACAAACUAUGGACUGUCCUAAUGGUUAUACUGGUCUUAGCUCUGAUAGUGUCGACAGGCAUAUGCUUUCUCUAUUGUUAUAUCACUAAACAAAAUAUUAAAAACGAUAGAGAAGAAAAGGAAGAAAGUGAACGUCGUUUGCGGCAAAAGAACAGAGAAGAGUCACUUCUUUUGAGGACAAGUCCUAAAAUUCUAUCGCAAACACCAAUUGGCGAUCAAAACAAAAAUAAUAAUAAAAUUCAAUCUCCGGUUAACAAUAAAGACGUAAUCAAUAGUCAGAAGUCACCCAUAAUAGCAGUCAAUGCAUCGGUAGAUCAGAAAAACACUAAUAAGAUCGGAGCUGAAGAAGUGAAACAUGAAAUGACUGACUUUAAUGAAUUACAGGAACAGUUAACGACAAGAAGUGAAACAAAUAGUGAUAUACAAGACUCGGAUAAAUCUAAAGACCAAAACAAUGUCGACAAACCAGAGAAGACAAGUCAUGAUAAUGCAAACUAA